AUGGACUCAGUCAUACUAAAAGGGAUCAAAUUUGACCUUGCUGUUGGCUUGGAUGCCUGGCGACGCGUGGCAAAACCUCAACCUGUGGUUGUUGACCUUGACAUCCAGCCAACCUUCACAUUGGAGGCCGCUGCUGCCAAGGACGAUGUCAAUUUGACUCUAGAUUAUGGGAAACCCUACAGACAGCUGGUCAAAGAGGUGAACGAAACAUUGACCUAUCCGGAGAUUCGUUAUCUCAUAUCUCAUAUCUCUGAUGUUGUCGCCGACUAUGCUUCACUCUCCCUUGAGAUCGCUCUACCCAAGGCUCUGCUUCAGGCAAAACAGGGCCUGGCCUACCACGCAAUGAUCGACAAGUCCCCUGACGCCGGGACAGUAUUCACCCUCAGCCUGACUAUAAAGCAGAUCGCAACUGAGUGCAUUAUUGGGGUCAAUCCGCAUGAGCGAACCUACAAGCAGCCGUUGUUCUUCGAUAUCAGUGUUCCUAUCGUGGCAGGAAGCUUCGAGAUUGUUGGUGAGCAUGAUGCUGGGCAUCAUCACCAGGUCCACGACCUGGUCCAAGAAGUCGUCGAGAGAGUGGAGGGAUCCUCAUACCAAACCCUCGAGGCGUUGGCAACUGCAGUCGCUCAAAUCGUGACCAUGAACUAUGGAUAUUCGCUUGCUAAAGUCCGCAUCGAGAAACCUUACGCCUACCCGGUCAUUGCUGCCACCUCGGUCCAAUUGACUCGUACCAAAGGGUUUUUCGAAAACAAAGACUUCUGGAAGGUCAAAUUACCCUGAUCACCAUUCAGCUCUCAGCUGCCGGUCAAAUCGAUAAUUGUCAACUCCGAAGAGUCGUC